CGCGCACGCACACAGCAGCAACCUUUGCGGAAGUGGCAACAGCAGCAGCCGAGGCGGUGCUACAUAAAAUUAGCAUACCCGCUUAGCGGUUCGCCGAGGGGGAUGGAAGGCUGAGACGCGGCCCGCUGAGAUAGAAGAAAAUAAAUUUCUCUCGAGCCAAACGACGCAAGCGAGUACGGGCUCGUCUCUUUCGGUCCUUCUUGACGUCCGCCAGCCGCGGACAUGGGCGACAAGGCGGGGACGAGAGUGUUCAAGAAGUCCAGUCCAAACUGUAAGGUGACGGUCUACCUGGGCAAGAGGGACUUUGUGGACCACCUCGACCACGUGGAUCCAGUUGACGGUGUCAUCCUGGUGGACCCCGAAUACCUGAAGGACAGGAAAGUCUUCGUCACGCUGACGUGUGCGUUCCGUUAUGGCCGCGAGGACUUGGACGUGUUGGGUCUGUCCUUCCGCAAGGACUUGUACAUCUCCACCUUCCAGGCCUUCCCGCCCGUCCCCGAGGAGCGCAAAGCCAACAGUCGACUGCAGGAGCGGCUCCUCAAAAAGUUGGGGCAGCACGCGCACCCUUUCUACUUCACUAUCCCUCAGAACCUUCCAUGUUCUGUCACGCUGCAGCCGGGACCUGAAGACACAGGAAAGGCGUGCGGUGUGGACUUUGAGAUCCGAGCCUUCUGUGCCAAAAACAUGGAGGAGAAGAUCCACAAGCGGAAUUCUGUGCGCCUGGUGAUCCGCAAGGUGCAGUACGCUCCGGAGAAAGCCGGGCCUCAGCCCAUGGUGGAGACCACUCGUAGCUUCCUGAUGUCGGACAGGUCGCUGCACUUAGAGGCAUCGCUGGACAAGGAGCUGUACUACCACGGCGAGCCCAUCAGCGUCAACGUGCACGUGACCAACAACUCCACCAAGACUGUCAAGAGGGUCAAGAUUUCAGUACGUCAGUACGCCGACAUUUGUUUGUUCAGCACGGCGCAGUACAAAUGUCCCGUGGCGCAGCUGGAGGCCGAUGACCAGGUGUCGUCAAGCUCCACCUUCUGCAAAGUGUACACGCUGACGCCCACCCUAGACAAGAACCGCGAGAAGCGAGGCCUUGCGCUGGAUGGGAAGCUCAAACACGAAGACACCAACCUGGCUUCCUCCACCAUCGUCAAGGACAUGACCAACAAGGAGGUGCUGGGCAUCCUGGUGUCCUACAGGGUCAAAGUCAAGCUGGUGGUCUCACGCGGAGGAGACGUGUCCGUGGAGCUGCCGUUCAUCCUCAUGCACCCCAAACCGGCCGAGCUACCCGCGUCCCGCCCACAGUCAGCCGUGCCAGACUCGGACCCGCCCAUCGACACUAACCUGAUCGAGUUCGACACCAACAGCGUCUCCCAGGAUGACGACUUCGUCUUCGAGGACUUCGCCCGCCUGCGCCUCAAAGGCGUGGUGGACGACAAAGACGAGGACUGCUAGGACCGAGCUGCCCACGUGCCACCCGCUCGCCUCAACACACACACGCACACGCACGUUACAUUCCCAGGCAGAGGGACGGAUGCUGCCAAAUUUGGGCAUGGCCUCGGUGUUCCUUCGCGCCACCGCCGCCAUCUUCUCCGCGUUUUGUUUGAUUGAAGGAUCUUCAUACUGGCUUCUUAUUAAUGACAUUGCAUUCUUUGUAUACAACAGUCAAGUGAGGUUUUAAUUGAUAUUGCACGUUUUAAGUUUACCUAAACAGUUUUGGCAAACAACCGUGGUUGACAGUAAAGUUUAAUUUUCAUUGAAUCAAUGACGGUCAAUUGAAACCUUUCUUUACUCUCAACUAGGGAUGUAACAAUAUUCAUGAUAUUGCCAAAUUAAAAGUGCCUCUAUCGUGGUGGUCUUGUCUCUGUAUAAAAUAAUGAGGUGUCGUGCUUCAAAUUUUGUUUUGGCCCACAUAUACGCAGCCACUCUCCAUAGCCAGACUGCUACAGUGCUGUGCUUCCUCGUUAUGAAUAUAAACACACCCAAUUGGACAUGUAAUUUAUGUGCCCAUGUCGCAAAAAAAUACAUUGAUUGGCUGACUGGCCCACGUGACUGACAGGCUGUGUUGGAAGGCUACUGCAUAGCAACUAAGCUGUUCUGAGCGUCGCAAAAUAUCCACAUUCAAAAUUAAAACAUCAUGCACAGGCUACUUAGAAAAAUAAAUCAUCCUACAAUAUCACUAAACGGAAGAAAAGAAAAUAAGGAUUCCAAUGCCUUAAAGCGUGUUCCUGCAUUUAUGACUUGAAUGUUUAGACUCAAGCAAAGAAAUCACUGUUAGUCGGCAGUAUCAAAUUUCUAAUGUUAUAGAUAGACAUAAAAAACAAAGACGGUAAAUACUGUUGAAUUAGUGAAGAAACCAUUUCUAAAUGGACCGUUAUUGAGAGCACUAGCAUGAUUAUUGCUGCAGCAGUAAUACUGUUUUGGAGAUACAGGAUACGAAUGUAAACAUUAGAUGGACGGGGAUAGAAGUGCACAUUGUUUUACAGGUGUCUUUUUUCACAAAAACCUGUGGGAAAACACCUGUACUGUGAACAAUCCUGCAGCAACGUGAGUUUUAGUGCAAUGCCAUGAGUAAUAAAUAUCGUACCGCGGGAUUAAUAGUGAUAAAACAGUAUCGUGAGACAUGGAUAUCGUUACAUCCCUACCGUUAACUACUGUUGUUUACCAAAAUUUGUUUUAAUCGACAUUAAAUUUUUCGGUAGUUUGAAAUUAUAAGGUAAAUUAAAACAUGACCCAAAACGUCCUUUGCUGUCAACUAUCGUUGUUUGCCGAGAAUCUUAAUUUAAAUGAAAGCCUUUGUCAACUACAGUUGUUUGGUGAAAAAUACCAUUGGCCAAAACCGGUUUUAAUUUACUUUACAUUUUUCUGCAAACUGGUAGUUUACAGAAAACUGUAAUGUAAAUACCUGACUCAAAACAUGAGGUAAAUGAAAACCUCUUUGCUGUCAACUUACAUUGCUGGCCGAAAAAUGUAAGGUAAAAUAAAACCUGUUUUGGCAAACAAAGGUAGUUGGCAGCAAAAAAAUAAAUGGUUGAUUUAAAACAUUUUUGCUGUCAACUACUGCCAAAACAGGUUUUAAUUUUCCUUGUUUUCUAGCCAAAAACUUUGUAAGUUAAAAGCUGUCUACGCAAACAGUGGUAGAUCACAGCACAGAGGUUUUAAUUGGUUUACCUUGUUCUGCUAAAAACUAAGAGUUUUUUUAUUUGCUGUCAACUACUAUUGUAUGCCAAAACCCGUUUUUAAUUUACCUUACUUUUUUUUUAGGGGGGGGGGGGAAACAAUGGUAGUUUGCCAAAAAAGUGUAAGAUAAAUUAGAACCUCACCUGAAAAGAAAGGUAAACUAAAACCUUUCCUUGCUGACAACUACUGUUCUUUACCCAAAAAUGUAAGGUAAAUUAAAACCGGAAAAAAAAGAAAACAGAAGUUUUACAGAAAACUACCAUUGACAGCAAAGAAAUUAAAGGUAAAUUAAAAUCCUUUUAUUUGUUGUCAACCACCAUUGGUUUUAAUUUGUUUGUGCAAACAACGCUAGUUGACAGAAAAGGCCAAUUAAGUAAGUUAAGUUUCUGAAACGGGUUUUAAAUUUACCUUACAUUUUUUGGCAAUUAUAUUUUUUUUACAUUUCUUUGCUGUCAACUACAGUUUUCCGAACCGUUUCGGCAAACUGUGGUAGUUAAUAGCAAAGAAAUUCUUUGCCUUACAUUAUUUUUGUCAACUGCUAUUUGAUGAAAAAUGUAAGGUAAAUUAAUACCUUCCUUUGCUGUCAAUGGUAGUUUGCCAAAACAGGUUUUAAUGUACCAGUCAUGUUUUGUCAAACUACCUUUGACUGGAUUGAAAGAUAUUAGUUUACCUUAUAUUUUUCAGCAAAAUGUGGUUGACCUUUUCAUGUAAGGUAAUUAAAACCUUUUGUUUGCUGUGGUCUACAAAGAAGCUUCCCACUAUCUGUUGAAGGAUGUUAAGAGAGUUAGUGGAGCAAAAAGGAAGAAGCUACACGCAAACAUCUGUUGCUUUGAUUUUGAAAUCCUUUUGAAUGUUUAGCGUUUUUUUUCUCCCUGUGGCGAUGAUGCCGUCUUGUACAGAAUUGUUGAUUUUCAAAAGGUGUCAUUUGCAACAUUCCCAUGCCACUUUGCCCCCUUCCAGUUUGAGUGGCUGGCGGCGUUCCCCACCUCACUUCCUGUCUCAGACUCAUUUUCAUUUAAGAGAAAUUAAAAGUAUAUAAAAUA